UCCUCAUGUCCCCGUGUCCCCUCGUCCCCCAACCCGGCCGCCCCCAACGGCCGCCGCCAUUUCCCCACACACACUGCGCAUGCGCCGCCGCCAUCUUGCCCUCCCCCCCCCACACCUCCACUUCCUCUCUCGGAAGCGGAAGCCGCUUCUUGCUCUCUCUUUCUCCCUCCCCCCCACUUCCGGCGUGCUCUUUCACCGGAAGCGGAAGUCCUCUCCAUCCUCGCUUCCGGCCGAGAGCGGAAGGGUCCGGGAGUGGGAAGCGGGCGGCGAUGGACAGCGAGUUCUCGGACGCGGAGGUGGGGGCGGGGGGGGAGGAGAACGCCCCGGUGUACUGCGUGUGCCGGAAAUCAAGCGCUCGGCCCGGAUGUGCGGCGAGUGCGAGGCGUGCCGGCGGCCGGAGGACUGCGGGCAGUGCGACUUCUGCCGCGACAUGAAGAAAUUCGGCGGCCCCAACAAGAUCCGCCAGAAGUGCCGCCUGCGCCAGUGCCAGCUGCGUGCUCGCGUCAGUGCCCUUAGCGUGUGCUUGGCGUGUGCUUGGCAUGUGCUUAGCAUGUUCUUGUAGUGUCCCUAGGGUGUAUUUGGUGUCUUGUUUGCAUGUUCUUGCUGUGUGUUCGCUGAGUCCUUGGCGUGUCCUUGGCAUGUCCUUGGCGUGUGCUUGGUGUGUUCCUGUAGCGUCCUUAGGGUGUUUUUGGGGUCCUGUUUGCGUGUUCUUCCUGUGUCCUUCAUGCGUCCUGAGAGCAUUCUUAAGGUGUCUAUGGCAUGUUCUUAGCAUGUACUUAGUGUGUUCUUAGUGUGUUCUUGUAGCAUCCUUAGGGUGUUUUUGAGUCCCGUUUGCAUCUUCUUGCUGCUUCUUUAGGGCACUCUUAAGAUGUUCUUAGUGUGUGCUUGGCAUGUGCUUGGCGUGUUCCUGUAGCAUCCUUAGGGUGUCUUUGGGGUCCUGUUUGCAUGUUCUUCCUGUGUCUUUUCUGUGUCCCUAGAGCAUCCUUAAGAUGUUCUGAGAAUGUUCUUGGCGUGUGCUUAGCGUGUUCUUAGCAUGUCUUUAGUGUGUCCUUAGCAUGUACUUAGCAUGUGUCUGUAGCAUUCCUAGAAUGUUUUUGGUGU